AUCACUGUUCCUCCAGUGGGCAGGGAGGCCCCUCCUCCUGGUCUUACCUUCCUCAGACAUAAAACGAGGCGCUCGGACAAGAGGACCCCUGAGAGUUCUUCUAAUUCCAGCAAUCCCUAAAGAUGCCCACUAGGGCCCCAGGUUGCUCAGCCUCCCGGGAAGACACUGUGGGAGUCCAUUCUUUGACCUGAAAGGGCUUCAUUCCAGGGCAGCUAGACAGCAGUGAGCACAGCAGCUCCACUGGCCUGAGCGGGAAGAACAAUGUUAGGGGUCAGCAGCUCCCAGGAGCCUCCAUGGCUGGGUUCAUCCUCAGCCUCAUGGGCUGAGGAGAGACGCCGCCUCGCCGGGCCAGGGGCCAGGUACUCAACGUCCAGGGCCACACGUCCCUGUUUUUUGUGGGGCCUUAGAAAAAGGUGUAGGGGGCAGCAGCACAGUACAGUAUAACCUGAUAAUAGCACUUAUAUCACUGUGUGCCCCGCAAACUGCUCUACAUGAAUUAGAAUGAUCUCAUUUAAUCUUCACAAUAAACCCAUUUUAUAGCCAAGGAAAGUUAAGCUGAGAUCACAAAGCCAGGAAGUGCCAAAGGAGGCAUUUGAAGCCAAGCGAUCUGACGCCAAGGCCAAGGCUGAGGUUCCAGCCAGUCCUGCUGUUUCCUGUGACACUUUGGGUCAGUCAUUUCCUUUCUUUGGGUCCAUCUGGCUCUGAGGGGUUUGAAUGAGACUUCUGAGGGCCCUGCCCGCUCUCACCAGUAAGUAGUUCCAACAUCAUGAUUAGCUUAGAAUGUCUUUCCUAUUUGGCCACUGUGAGGUUCUAACCGUGGUCUCCGUCAGGCACCAGUUUUCCAGACUCCUGGACACGGGUCCAGUAGGCUGUGCUGUUCAUUCAGGGUACGCCCCAAAAGGGCCUUGACCUAUUUUUCAGGGCUCUUCUGGACAGCAGCCUUUGUCUCUGGCAUAGAGAAGGGCCUGGUGUCAGAGGGAGCCCCAGAACCAACUGUGUGCACUCUGAUCCGUCCUGGGCGUAGCUGGGCCCUAUCCGUGCUCAGUGGAGCUUGGGAUUGGUUAGGAGGGGGAGACUUGUCGCACCAGGGACCUGCACGGGCACUAGGGCCUAGAGAGACAUUACAGAGGAAGGAAGUACAUCUUCCACUUCCAGGUUCUGGGAGCUGCCCAGGAGCCCCAGGGCCAAGCUGUACGCAUCUGUUGACUUUACAGUUGGGGUGGGGAGUGGGGGGAGGCCGGCUCCUGACUGACCUCUCAACCCUGCCUGCCUGAGUUCCUGAGGCUGGCCAAGAAGGCAUUGUUGACUCUCAUGAGAUCACAGAGGUAGUUGCCCAGGCCCCGCCCACUUCCUACAGCCCUGGUUCUCCCUGCCACCCUGUGCCAAGCCCCCAAGUGCCCUUGGGAGCUGCUGCCCAGGGGUCAGGGGGCUGUGGGAGCUCAGAGCUGGCACCUCCCACACACACCCCAGGAACCAUCAGGACAUGAGGGUCAUAGGCCUCCCUUUUUUUUUAAUUCCUGUUUGCUCUGAAUGCCCCCACCCCAGCCGAGGUGGCCCCCAGACCCUGACUGCCUCGAGGAUCCAGUCUGAAAAGAUGCAGGCUGGUGGUACCUGCCACACAGAUCGGAGGCUGGGUGUGCGGGGGUAAGCGGAGGGGCUGGUGUGUGUGUACAGCUCAGGAGAGAGGCCCCCGGCCUGGUCGGAGGCGGAGUGGGGAUACGCAGGGUCCCAGCCUUGCUCCUCACUUCUGCUCUCUGGACCAAAAACGGAGGACUCAGUCUAGACCAGGAGUUCUUAAGAAGGGUCCACGAGCCCCUUAAAUUAUUGGGUUGUCAGAAAAGUCAUGGCGUAUUUUUUCUGGUUUUCGUUGCAAAAAUGCGUCAUGAUUUUUCCAACAACCCAAUAUAUGUUUAUAUGCAAAGGCCAUUUUUCUGGGGAAAGGCCCCAGCGUUCAUCAUUGUGCCCUAAGCAUAAGAACCUCUGCCCUAAAACCCUCUGACCCAAGCCUGUUUCAGAGCCUCUGCUGGGCUCACACCAGGUCCAGACUAGGCAAGGAGAAGCAGCCGAGGGGCCACUGCUGCUGCUGAGUUAAAACCUUUUCUCCAAAGGCCCUUGAAAAGGUUCCUCUGGUGCCUGGAGGCAGCAGUAAUCUCUGGUGGGCAGGAAACCCUGACUGCGCCUAGAAGGCCCCAGCCUGAGGACUGAGGAGGGAAGACAGGACCCCUGGGCCAAUGAAAGGAUAUGGCGGGCCCUCAGAGACCUGAGUCCCGGUCCUUUCUGUCCCUCUUUGGGCAUAUCCCCUCAGUCUGUCCUUCUGUGGAACGGAGGGGCAGGCUCACAUGCUCUGUUCUCUGGCUCAGCGCUGUCUAACUUUCCGCUUUCCUGUCCUAGGCCCGAGGUGGGUGGCAGGCCCCUUCCUGCUAGCCUUCUGCCCUCCCUUUCUCUCCCUGGCCUUGCCCAGCCCCUGCCAAUCUGUGAACCUCCCAGGAGCCUUGGCACCCCUUGAGUCCCCUGGGAGGCUAUGGACCAAGCUGAGAACCCAGGGCCCUGGGAAGAGCAGCCAGUGAUAAGGACUCCCAGAAGCCCCUCUGAGGUCUGUACCAGAGACCCCCAGGUGCCGGAGACCCCCAGGAAGAGGUCAGCACAAACACAGGUGCAGAAGCCCCUCAUGGAGCCCCCAGGCAAGCAGCCCCCACAGGAGCUCCCUGCAGAACAGCCCCUGCCUGAGGACUCAGGCCUCCAGGUGGCUCCCCGCAAGCAUACUCUCUACGUGGGCCACCUGAAUCCUCAGUUCUCAGUGCCAGUGCUCACCUGCCUGCUGCGAGACACCCUGGAGCGGCUGGAGCUGCCGGUGGCACGGGAGCACAUUGAGGUGGUGAGGCGGCCCCGAAAGGCCUAUGCACUGGUGCAGGUGGCCACUCAUGAGGACACCCUGGCCUCCCUCCCCUGGCGCCUGCAAACAGCCUUGCAAGAGCACCAGAUCCUCAAGGAGCUGGUGGCCCACGGGAAGGAGCUGGUGUUGGAUAAGGACCGGGUCCUCACAAACCACAGAGAGGAGCGGCAGGACAGCAGCCCCAGCCCUGGCCGCAGCCCCGGACCCAGCCCCGGACCCAGCCCUAGCUCCCGCCGCCCGCCAACCGACACCCCGCCUGCCCUGGCCCCAGGGCAGCCUAGCUCCCAGCACCGACCCAGUGGCACGCGCUCGGACAGCGCCAUCGUGCACCAGGAGAUCCGGGGCCAGGAGCGGCUCUUCCAAGGAGCCUUCCUGGGCAGCGAGACGCGCAACAUGGAGUUCAAGCGGGGCGGCGGCGAGUACCUGAGCCUGACCUUCAAGCACCACCUGCGGCGCUACGUGUGCGCCUUCCUCAACAGCGAGGGCGGCAGUCUGUUCGUGGGCGUCGAGGACAGCGGCCUGGUGCAGGGCAUCCGCUGCAGCCACCGUGACGAGGACCGCGUGCGCCUCCUGGUGGACUCCAUCCUGCAGGGCUUCAGGCCCCAGGUCUUCCCCGAUGCCUACACGCUCACUUUCAUCCCGGUGGUCAGCACCUCCGCCCCCAACACGCCCCUCAAGGUGGUCCGCCUGAGCGUGCAUGCCCCCAAGGUCCAAGCCCAGCCGCAACUCUACGAGACAGACCACGGGGAGGUAUUCCUGCGCCGAGACGGCAGCAUCCAGGGCCCUCUGGCCGUCCACGCCAUCCAGGAGUGGUGCACACAGAAGUGGACAGCGGAGCUGAGCAAGCUGGAGGAGAGGGUGAAGGUGCUGACGACGGAGAAGGAGCAGCUGCAGCAGCAGCUGCAGCAACAUGGGCCCGUCUCCUGCACCUGCUGCGUCCUGUGACGGCCCCGGAGGGCAAGCGAGGGCGGGAAGCGGGAAGCCAGCACACUUCCUAGGAACACAGGGGCUUCCUAUUUGAGCCAAAGGCCUCCCAAUAAAACUGUGCUCAGAGACGAUGGGAGCAUCACACUUCCUCACUCCUUCAGCAACACCAUUUCUUCCCUUCAGAAAGAACCUGUAAAAACUUGGCCAGAGGUAUCCUAGGGCUGAGCUAGAGGGGACUGUCCCUCUCCCUAAAAUGCUCAUUUUGCCCAGCUGGGGUCAAUGACGCCAGUUGGCUGGACAGGGCCAGGAAGGAAUUUGUCAUCUUGGAAAAGCCCCUCAGCUGAUGGCAAGGCACAUUCAGUAACUGUGGUUACAGAGCUAACAGGCCACCCGGCAGCCCCUACCCCUGGCUUGCUGGAACUUGUGAUUAUCGUAGCUCUUUAA